CGCACACACACACACACACACACGCCCACACACGCACAUCAGCGUGCUGCAGUGGGAAACGUGACGAUGACGUCAGCGAGUGGCGCAGGAAGAAGGGGUACGAGAGGGAGAUCAGAGCGACCACAGACACGGAGGCGCAAAAGACCAUGAAAAGCUUAUGUGUCUCUUCCGGCCAGAAAUGAUGACAGACAGCCUCAGCCAGCGUGUUGAUACACAGACAGCAUGGGCCUCAAGAUCAGCAAGGCAAGGACAGACCAAACAGCAGGAGGGUGUGGCCCAGACUUCCUGCCCGUCAUCACCAGUAUUACCAUCAGUAGGACAACAGAGCCACAGGCUGGUGAUCUUCGCAGCCAUCUUCGUCCUAAUGACACUCCUCAUCCUCUACGGCUCUAACAACAUCAACGAUGCCGUGUACACUCCCUUCCACGUGGCGGCGAACUACGCCAUCAAGGACACGGAUCUGAAGAAGUGGUCGGGGAAAGACGGCUACGUGCCGUUCCACGGGAACAAGAGUAUGAACCUACACUGUCAAAAGUGUGCGCUGGUGACGAGCUCCAGCCACGUCCUGGGCAGUCGAGCGGGAGAAGAGAUCGACCGCACGGAGUGCGUGAUUCGGAUGAACGACGCGCCGACGUUGGGUUACGAGAGCGACGUGGGGAACCAGACCUCUCUGCGGGUCGUGGCCCACUCCAGCGUGUUCAGGGUGAUCCGGAGGCCCACGGAGUUCCUCCAGAGGCCGGACAGCAACCCCGUGAUCAUCUUCUGGGGACCCCCGAGCAAGAUCGGGAAGGAGGCCAAAGGGACGCUGUACAGGUUGAUCCAGAGGGUCAGCGUGACCUACAGCAACAUGUCUUGCUUCAGCAUCACGGCCAGCAAGAUGCGCAGAUUCGACAGCCUGUUUCACAGGGAGACGGGACGAGAUCGACAAAAAUCUCACUCGUGGUUGAGCACGGGCUGGUUCACCAUGGUGAUCGCCAUCGAGAUAUGCGAUAACAUCAAAGUAUAUGGGAUGGUUCCACCGUAUCACUGUGGGAAAUCCAAACCUGGAUCCAAGAAGAUGCCCUACCACUACUACAAGCCCAGAGGUCCCGAUGAAUGUUUGACGUACUUGCAGAACGAGGGCAGCCGGAGAGGGAACCACCAUCGCUUCAUCACAGAGAAACAAGUGUUUUCACGCUGGGCAAAGCAGUACAACAUCACCUUCACUCAUCCCAAAUGGUUUUAGACUUUUAGUGGAAAACCCCACGGAGAAGAUCUGCGAGCGCUGACGGAGG